AUGACAUCGACCCUUCAAGGCGCCAAGGAGACUGUGAGUACGCUAGCACUCACUACAGAGGAGCCUAUCAAGAAUACCUUCUCCAAACCGCAUCGCAUCGACACUCACAUCCACAUUAUUCCCCCCUCGUUUGCAAAGGCAGUCUCGGCUAAUGGCGGCGACCCCGCUGGCUGGGAUCUUCCCACCUGGAAUACAGCCGGCACCAUUCACGCAAUGAACACCCUUGCCAUCCAGACUGGUGUCAUGGCCGAGUCUAUAUCUAAGUUCUAUUACGAUGUGGCGCUGAGCACGAGCCCUAUCGCCCUUCAGUCGCUUCUGGAAUUCACGACCCCCGACAAAAUCCUCUAUGGGUCGGACUUUCCCUAUGGGCCACUUCCUGUGGGUCUAUUCAUGACCGCGCAGCUUGACGAGUUCAUGAGGGAGAGACCCGAAGAGGGAAAGAAAUUGGAAGGUUUGAAUCGUGAGAACGCGGAGAAGCUGUUCGGAGAUAACGUGAAGUGGUAA